AUGUCAUGUACACCAAUUAAAUCAAAUGGUCCGAGUACAAUAAAAUUUAAAAUUGAAGCAAAUUCUCAAAUUUCCAAAAAUUGUGUUGAUUUAAUUCAACAAAGUUUAAAAUUUGCAACUUAUUUAUCAAAUGAUUUAAACGUUUUUGUUAACUCAACUACAAAUGAUUCAAUUUUGCAAAAGAUUGAUACAUUUUUUUAUGGAAAUAUAUAUCAUUUAAAUCCUUUGGGAUAUUGUAGACUUGAUCAAUUUGGCUCAAGAAUUGGUUGUUAUUACGGUACUGGAUUGAAUAUAAUAACUUGUCUUUUACAAGAUAUUGAGUUACAAUUAUCGGAAUUAACAUCAUCCAAGUUCCAAUUUGUUGAAAUUUAUUAUAAAAUUGUGAAUCAAAUAUGUGGAUAUCAAGUUUCUACUUCAUUUCCUUGUGUAUUGAAAACGUACAAUAUUUUCGGCUUCGCUGUUCAAUGGUUAAGUUUGAUAGGUGCAAUUUUACCACUAAUUGCAGCUAUAGUAUGUUUGACAGACUUGAUUUUGGCUGUGCUAAUUAGAGUUCUGUUCCGAAAUAUUUACAGAAUUAAAGUGUUUUGUAUUUGCUCAAGUUAUACAAUAAUGGACUUUUAUGUCAUUGAUACUUGA